GCUACUACCAAAUAACUUUCAGCACAACACCGGUCGUUUUGUUUCUGAAUUUCAGGAUUUACUAUUAUUCUAGACGUUAGAUUCGUGUGUAAUUCGUCGUUAUUUCGACAUAUAGACUUUAACUUUGUGUUGUUACAAGCAUCCGUUCGGUUACUUGGCGUUUUAGUUGUAGCAACCAUUAUCAUAUUGGGAUUUACAAUUCUAUAUAAGGUAUAUUCGUUGGACUACGUUCUUGUUUUGGCGUUAUAUCGACCUGCGGUUGUUCCUAGGGGUCUAUUUGGGGGCGGUGAUACUUAUAAUUGGCUUCGGGGACUCCACUACUAAUUGCGAUAUAUAUGUUGUGCGUCAUAUGUAUAUGACAUUAGUUUCUGAAUCAUCCAGUUAACCAGCCUUUGUUGUAUAGAGGCUGUGUGAUUACUUGUGCCUUGGAUUUUGCAAGUUUGCAGGUUUUUCUAUAGAAGAAGAUGGAUGAAUCAUUAUUAGGUAAUAGUAAUUGAUUUUCUUAAAGUCAUUUGGCUGGUUGUGGAUUUUAGGCCGUCGUUAUAUUAACGUUACACAAUUACGAUUUCUGUAUUGGCUUUGUAGUGGGUAUUAUAUAUAUCCGCUGUGUUUGUGUUAAGUACGGCUGACUUAUAAUAUCUGGUUAAUAUCUUUAGCCUACUUGCAGUGUUUACGAUGGAAGACCUCAAGGGUUUGCAUUUAGGUCGUGAAUUAGAGCAUCGUACUCCUUCCACGAUGUCGAUGUUACAUUCGGAUCGUGGUACAAUGUCUCCUGAUGUUCCUGGUUCUGAGCGUCAGUUGUUAACUGAGAGUACAGUUGUGCAGCGUUACGAUUUGAAUUCGUUGACUAAGGAGCAACUAUUGGUUUUGAUGUGUUUUUCCAAUGCUAUAAUGUCUCAGAGUUUACCUGUGAAAUGUAUCUUGAUGACUCUUAAGGCUUUAAAGGCGAACCUUCAUGCUGAGUUGGUUGAGAUUUGUUACCCUGACAAGGAGACUGGUGACUGGGUUCAGCACAACGUCGGUCGUGAUGGCGUGUUACACAAGAAGAACAUGCCCAGUCCUCUUGGUGGUGCUUAUUACCAUGCUUUUACUUUUGGUACAUUUGUUCGUAUAGACCAUUGUGACUUUAGUCCGGUUUAUGAUCGUUUGUAUGAUAAGCACACUGACGUGGAGCCUCGUAAUAUGCUUGUCUGUCCAUUGGUUGACUCUCGCAAGAUGGUUUGGGGUGUUGCCGGAAUCGCAAACUGUCCUGUAUCUGGGACAAGUAACCUAGGCUACCCUAUGAACUACAGUGUAUCAACUCCAGUGUCCGAUGUUGUUCAUGACGCAAAGAUGCACUCUGACGCUGUUGGUACAAUAUCUGGUGACUCAUGUAUAAAAUCUGUCAGUGUUCCUCAUUCAUUUUCUGUUGCUAACAGUAUAUCUACUGAUGACAACCCUCUGUGUACUGGUGUUUCAGGUAGUUUUUCUGAGGCUUCUGCUGACCAUUCUGGUGUCGAUCACAAUGAUAUCCCUCUUGUGGAGGAGGUCCCUAAUGUGUGGGAUGAGAGCAUGGUAACGUUUGCUUUACAGAUUUGUGACAUUGGGGGUCAGUGCAUAUCUAAUGCCAUUGGUUGGAGGCAGCUUGAUGCUACUCGUGACAAGGCUGAUGGUCUUUUGACUCUUAUGCAUUCUUUGUUUGCUGAUAGGUUGGGUAUCCAAUCUUGUGUUGUUGCGCUUACUACUCAUGCUCGCAAGUUGAUUCAGGCUGAGCGUUGCACUGUGUACAUUGUUGAUCGUUCUCAUGAUCAGCUGUGGUCCAUUUCUUCUGACGAUGGUUCCCAGGUUAUAGUGCCGCUAAGUCAGGGUUGUGCUAGUUCUUGCGUUCAGAAUGGUGACGUCAUUGUGAUUGAGAAUGCAUUUGAGGACGAGCGAUUUAACCCCGAGUUUGAUUCUCGUGCUGGUGUUGAGAUUCGCAAUGUCGCUUGGGUCCCUAUAAAGAGUGGUGACUGUAACCGUGUUCUUGCUGUUAUUGAGGUCAUCAACAAGCAGGCUGACGAGCUGUUGCAUUUUGGUGAGGAUGAUCUUCGUUUAUUGGAGAUUUUCUCUUCCAUUGUGGGCCCUCAGCUUGAGAAGUCCGAUUUUGCGGUAUACGUUUCUCCACCUGCCGAAACCGAGGCUGGUUUAGCUUUUAAGACAACUCCUCAGGCUAUGGCUUCGACUAUACGUCAGCACAUUCCCGAGCCAUGCAUUCCUGAAACUGAAGAGGAGUAAUAUAUAUAUUUUUUGGACACAGCUC